AUGGCUUUUGAGAAGCCAUACCCAAUCUUCUUUUUAUCUCUCUUACUUGCCUUUCUUUCUCAUUCUGUUCUCACUCAAUCUUUCAAGAAUAUAUCCUUGGGCACUUCCCUCACUGCUAUAGAAAAUGGCUCCUUUUGGGCUUCACCAUCUGGUGAUUUUGCAUUUGGGUUCCAACAAAUUCAGAAAGAUGGGUUCUUACUAGCCAUCUGGUUCAACAAAAUACUGGAAAGAACUAUUGUCUGGUCAGCCAAUGGACAAAAUCUUGCUCCAAAGGGUUCCAAAGUUGAGCUCACCUCACAUGGUUCUUUCCAGCUCAUUGAUCCCAAUGGUCAACAACUUUGGAAUGCUACACCUUUAGUACAUGGAGUUUCUUAUGCUGCCAUGCUUGAUUCUGGUAACUUUGUGUUGGUUAGUGAUGAAUCUCAAAAUCUGUGGCAAAGCUUUGAUCAUCCUACUGACACAAUUUUACCGGGGCAGAUUUUGAAUCAACCUGCUCAACUUGUUUCACGCUAUUUGCCAAGUAAUUAUUCAAAGGGGAGAUUUCUGUUUUCACUUCAGGAUGAUGGUUUUGUGCUUUACACAACUAAUUACCCAUAUGAUUUUUUAAAUUCUCCUUAUUGGUCGCCUACCGAAGUUAGUGGCAGUAGCUUCUCAGUGGUCUUCAACCACUCUGGCUUUAUAUUUGUUCAAAGCAGUGAUGGAAGUAUAACCCAGAAUAUAUCAUCGAAAGCCAUCUCUCCGCAAAAUUAUUAUCAGAGGGCUAUUCUUGAUUAUGAUGGAGUUUUUCGACAUUAUAUUCAUCCCAAGGAUAAUAGCACGAGCACAGAAAUCCGACCAAUGUCUUGGUCAAUUCACUCCUUCAUACCUGAGAAUAUAUGCUUGGCAAUUACAGAAUAUACAGGAAGUGGAGCUUGUGGAAUAAACAGCUAUUGUACCUUUGAUCGUCGGAUGAAAAAUUGCUCUUGCCCAAUUGGUUACAGCUUCAUUGAUCCAAAUGAUGUGAUGAAAGGAUGCAAACAGAACUUCUUUCCAGAAAGUUGUGAUCAAGCUUCUCCACAAGCGCAUCUCUUUUACAUCAUUGACAUGCCAAACACAAAUUGGAAGUGUUGUGACUAUGAAUGCUUAAAACAAGUAAGUUUGGAUGAGUGUAGACAAGCUUGUUUAGAUGAUCAUCUUUGUGAAGCUGCUUCUUUCUAUCUUGGGAAGUGUUGGAAGAAGAGCCUACCUCUCCGUAAUGGAUGGUUUGAUUUAUCAUUCGCAGGGAUAGCUCUACUCAAAGUAAGAAAAGAUAAUUCUUCUACUCUGGUUCCAAGAGAUAUUAAUCCAAACAAUGACAAAUCGAAAUUAAUUAUUAUUGGUUCGAUGCUUUUAGGAAGUUCUGUAUUCUUGAACUUGGUCUUGUUAGUGGCAGCUUGUGUGGUCGCAUACUGGUUUGGCCAAAAUAACCAAAAUGUAGCCACAACUAUUCAAUUUAGGCCAAGCUUGAAUCUAAGAAGUUUCACUUAUGAAGAGUUAAGGGAAGGAACAAAUGGAUUCACAGAAGAAAUUGGUCAUGGAUCAUUUUCUAUUGUUUACAAAGGUGUGCUACCAGAGCUUCCAAGGAACCUCAUUGCUGUAAAAAAACUAAAGAUGGUGAAUGAAAGUGAGAAGGAAUUUGAAGCAGAAGUGGCUUCAAUUGGUCAAACACACCAUAGGAAUCUGGUGCAACUUUUGGGAUUCUGCAAUGAAGGAGAGAACAGGCUACUUGUCUAUGAAUUUAUGAGUAAGGGAAAUUUAGCGAGUUUUCUUUUUAACGGCCAAAGGCCAAGCUGGCAUCAAAGAGUACAAAUUGCAAUAGGAAUAGCUAAAGGACUUUUGUACUUGCAUGAAGAGUGCAACACUCAGAUCAUCCACUGUGAUAUCAAGCCUCAGAAUGUCAUGCUUGAUGACUCUUGCACUGCCAAAAUUUCAGACUUUGGUUUAGCCAAGCUAUUAAAGAUUGGCCAGACUGGAACUACAACAGCAAUUAGGGGAACUAAAGGGUAUGUUGCAGCUGAGUGGUUUAAAAACAAGCCAAUUACCAUAAAGGUGGAUGUUUACAGCUACGGGGUUUUGUUACUGGAGCUCAUUUGUUGCAGAAAGAACUUUGACAUGAAUGUUGAAGAUGAGAAUAGGACUGUGCUGAUGGAUUGGGCAUGUGAUAGCUUCCACUGUAGGAGAUUGGAACAGUUAGUGGAAGAUGAUGAGGAAGCUAAAAUGGACAUGAAAAGGGUUGAAAAGUAUGUGAUGAUUGCCAUGUGGUGCAUUCAAGAGAAUCCAUCACUAAGACCUACCAUGAAGCAAGUUGUGCAGAUGCUUGAAGGACUCAUGGAUGUACCAACUCCUCCUGAUGAUCUACCAUCCUUUACAAGUUAAGGGUAAACAUUCCAACAAAUAAAUAUGAUAAGUUUAUGCAUACCGUUUUUGUACUCAAGUUCACUUUAGGAUGCUAGUUUAAUUUUCAAGAAUGUUGUUGUCUUUGCUUUCACUCUUCCUUGUUUGUUUUCUGGGAAAAUGAGAAUAGCAGAGUUGUUCAUGUAUGUUUUUCCUUUUUAUGUUUAAACUCCUCCGGUUUCAACUAGUACUA